CGACAGAGCGUCGACCGCCAUUUUGGCUCCUCGGUCUCUCGGUAGCGCAUCUGCCUCCGCGGUGAUGCCCGAGUCGGCGGGAAGAGGCGACCGCGGCGCGGAGAGCGGUGCGCGCUGCCUUUGCUCGGCCGGAAUUUAAUCACAAUUGUUGCUGCGGCGCUGGGCGUCACUGGGGGGGGCUGGCCGUCAGUCGGAGCGAGGAGGGCGGUUGCUUGUUUGCUUGCCCGCCUCCCUCCGAGGCCUUCGCCGGGCCGGACGAGGCCACUGAUGAGGCGGCAUCCGAGGAGGCAACGCAGCCCAGGGCCAGGCUGAGGGGAGCGCAGGACGGACGCGUCUGUGGCCGCUGCCGCCGCCAAAAUGAAACGAGGACGAAAAAACAGCAAGGCCAGCAAUCAUUUAUCAGAUGAGGACAAUACAGUAGAUGGAAAAAAACUGAAAACCAGAGUUGAGGAAUCAGCAGGAGUAUUUCAGAGCCCUGACUGGGGGAACCUCAUCCCGGAGAUUGUUCUACAGGUGUUCCAGUGUUUGCCUCUCCUUGAUCGUGCUCAUGCAUCACAAGUCUGUCGGAGGUGGAACCAAGUGUUCCACAUGCCUGAACUGUGGAGAUGUUUUGAGUUUGAACUGAAUCAGCCUGCCACAUCUUACUUAAAGGCUACUCAUCCAGAGCUCAUCAAACAGAUUAUCAAGAGGCAUUCCAAUCAUCUGCAGUAUGUCAGCUUCAAGGUGGACAGCAGCAAGGAAUCAGCUGAAGCAGCCUGUGAUAUCUUAUCACAGCUUGUGAACUGUUCUUUAAAAACACUUGGACUAAUUUCCACUGCUCGACCAAGCUUCAUGGAUUUACCAAAGUCACAUUUUAUUUCUGCGUUGACUGUGGUGUUUGUAAACUCCAAAUCCCUUUCUUCACUUAAGAUAGAUGAUACACCAGUUGAUGAUCCAUCUCUCAAGGUACUUGUGGCUAACAACAGUGAUACCCUAAAACUAUUAAAGAUGAGCAGUUGUCCUCAUGUUUCUCCAGCAGGUAUCCUCUGUGUGGCGGAUCAGUGCCACGGUUUACGUGAGUUGGCACUGAAUUACCAUCUGCUAAGUGAUGAGCUCCUCCUUGCUUUGUCUUCUGAGAAACAUGUCAGAUUAGAACACUUGCGCAUUGACGUAGUUAGUGAGAAUCCUGGACAGACACAUUUCCACACAAUUGAGAAAAGCAGUUGGGAUGCUUUCAUCAGACAUUCUCCCAAAGUGAACUUAGUCAUGUAUUUUUUCUUAUAUGAAGAAGAGUUUGAUCCAUUCUUCCGAUAUGAAACGCCUGUCACUCACCUGUAUUUUGGGCGGUCGGUCAGCAAAGAUGUACUCGGCCGGGUUGGAAUGACAUGCCCUCGAUUAGUUGAACUGGUGGUGUGUGCCAAUGGAUUACGGCCACUGGAUGAGGAGUUGAUUCGCAUUGCAGAGCGCUGUAAGAAUCUGUCAGCUAUUGGUCUGGGAGAAUGCGAAGUCUCCUGCAGUGCCUUUGUGGAGUUCGUGAAGAUGUGUGGUGGUCGCUUAUCUCAGCUGUCAAUAAUGGAAGAAGUCUUGAUUCCUGACCAGAAGUACAGUUUGGAGCAGAUUCACUGGGAGGUCUCAAAACAUCUUGGCAGAGUUUGGUUUCCAGACAUGAUGCCCACAUGGUGAAAUCUCCCAUAGUUGGCAGGGCAUAUGGAACAGCACCUUAUAUUUUGAGCUUACCAUGUUGCAACUUAAUCAUAUAAGCUUAUUUAACACUAUAGAGCUUGUACAGUGGACCUAGACCAUGGGUCCUCAACCUAAGGCCUGGGGGCCAGAUCUGGCCCGCCAUGCCCAUCUGGACCCACCGCGCCCAUGCUUGCCCACCACCACCCACCUCGCCCCGCACGCAGGGAGGCAGCAGUUCGCUUGCUCAAAGAAAUGAUCUCCAAGCGAGCAAGCUGCUGCCUCGUGCGCCUGCCUCCCCUCGCCUCGUGCGCCUGCCCGCCCGCGCCUCGCCACAUGCCCCGCCCCCACCUCAGCACACGCACCUGCACAUACCGCCCCCACCCCCUCACCGCCAGCACCACCUUUCCAGCCCAUGGCUAGCACUGGCACCUUUCAACUGGCCCUCUGCUGAAAAUGUUUGAGGACUCCUGACCUAGAGAAUUGAUGCAUUGGUUUCUAAAAUCCAGGUUUUGGGAGGGGGGGGGGAGAGGAACUGAGAAUAUUCUGAAAGCUUUGUCCAUAUAAAACCUUUUAUAGUUUGCUUUUCUCCUGUUGACACAGAUCCUAAAUGUAGAAACUCAUGAGUUGACUUGUUCAGAUGCUAUAAUUUCAAACUUUGCUCUGUUGAAGUACAGUAUUUUAGCCUGAUACUUUUUAUUCAAGUACUGUGAUUGAAGUGACUGACUGAAAUAAAAUUUGGAAGGGAGAAAGAGCCCUUUUAUUGUAGAGUCCUGGAUUUACCUGGGUUGUAUAACAGUCAAGUGCUUAGACAACAGAAUCAUAAUUUAAGGUAACAUACAAUAGUCUGUAGGCUAUUAUAUGGUUUGAUAAAUCAUACUGAGCAAUAUGGUGACCUAGUUGACUAUAUUUGUAUGUAGAAAAUGUAAGUAUUUGUUCAGUGCUUAUUAAAUGGUUCCAGAAAAUGUUGUGUGUACAUUAUUAGCACUAUGUUUGCCAACCUUUCUUUUAUCUAUAUAAAUUUUAAAAUGUAAAUACAUUGUUUACCACCCCAAAAUACAUGCAUACUCUGUCUUAACGUAUUACUAAGGCUCAGGAAGCUAAAACACCCCAGGAGAAAUAGACUGCAUUUUGGUGAUGACUUGCCAAAGGAAUGUUGGUGUUUUGUUUCCUUUCCUCAUGGCAAAUUUUUACAGCAUUAUUUUUAUGAGUGCUGUGUUUGUUUUCCAGUAAAGGAAGUGGAAUAUAUGUAAACAAAUACUAAAAAAGUAAUGGUUGCUUAAAGGCUUCCGCUGCUAGAGGGGCAAGUAGCAAGAAAGGUGUGGGAAGCUGCUAGUGUUCUGUUUGGACAACUGGGGUCUUUGCUAUCUGAAGUUGAGAAGGAAGUUCUGGCCAAGGCAUGCAUGGAAAGUCGGUCUUUCUCCUUUCUGCCAACUCAAGCCUAAUAGAAUACAAAAGCUCUAGCAUAUAAUAUACAGUAGCUCUAGCGUAUAACUAGCUUAUUGGCUAGUUCUGCAAGGUUCCUGAUUUAACAGCAGUUUUCUCUUAGCAUUGCAGCAAAGAAAGCAUUGUUGAAAAAACCCUUACAUAUGCAGAAAACUGUAUGUGAUUCUUGGAUUCCAAGAUUUAGAAGGACCAUAAAUCUCCCUAAUUAUGUUCAAGAUCAAAAGGUUCUGUUCUUUGAAACAGGCUUUAGUUCUGUUUACUGAAGAGUCCGGGGGGGGGGGUGGCAUGCUACAUGGCAAACCGUUUUUUUUUUUAUGUCCCUUCAGUUUCCAAGAAAAAUUCUGAUAUAACAGGAAUGGUGGUAUUUGGAUUUGGUUUGUGGAAUUGUUGUUUUAAAGAAAAUGCUUUAAUACUUCAAAAACUUUGCUAAAGAAAUUCAAAGUAUGGCACCCUGUCCCUUGUUCACCUGCAGAAGAAAAACUUACUUUGAAAACAAAUCCCAUUGUUUAUCACAAGUUCAGUGUGGAACAAUAUGAGAAAGAAAGCUUUGUAGUUUGCAAAUCAUUUGAAAAUAUCAAAUGUCUUAUGAUAGAGUAUUAUAGUACUUGAUAAAGACCUUUGAUAAUGGAAGAGGAACUUUGCUUUGGUAAAAUUGAUACUGAAUAAAUGAAUCACCGUUUUCUCCAGAAAAUUAGUGAAUUAUGUGAAUAGUAUUUAUCAGCUGUCUUUGUGUUUGUAUUUUUUUCUGAGUAUUUCACAAUAAUUCUCAGAGUUUUAACAUGUAGUUCAUGAGAUAACAUGGAGAAAAUAGGGAGUAAAAUUAAGCUGCCCCGAGGCUUCGGCAAGGGGCGGCAUAGAAAUGUAACAACAACAACAACAACAACAACAACAACAAUAAAUUUCAAACACACACAAUCUAUUAGAAAUUUUAUCAGAAAAAAUUUGCCUUGUGAAUAGAUUUAUAUUUGGGUUGUAAGAUUCUCUUCCAAUUAGAAAAAGUGUUAAUUAUUAUCACUGUCUGUGUACAGUAAUACACUGUCUGUGAAAGUGACAAUCAGUUAUUUAAGUGUAUAAUUCUUUAGAAAUUUUGCUCAGUGGGCUGGACAUCUGAAUGUAAAGACACAUGGUUUUUAUAAAACUUGGUGAGUGAAAAAUAACUGCAAAAGCAAUUUUUCUUUGAAUUUAAUACAAAUAUUUGCUGUAAUAUCCUUUUUGUACUUAGCCCCUUUUUUACAGAAACAAUGUUAUGUCCUUUUGUUUGCAGUAUUUUUUAAAGUUUCGAUUCAUGUGAAUGUGCCCUUUUGAUAUGUAGUUGUUUUGAUAGAUCAAGUGGUAGGAUCACCAGGAACAUGAAAGAGGCUUUAACAAUGAUUUGCCCCCACAUUUCAUGGCCCUACCAGCAAAAAAAUGAUAAGUGGAGUUUCGUCGCUCCUGGGUGAGGGAAAGCAUCUCCCCAAGCCAGUUACUUCUGAGGCUACUUGAUUAUAUGCUUCUGUGGGUAUUUCAUGUGUGUUUCUUGUGGGCCCCGUAAAGCCAACAAGGAAUACAGGAGAGCUGGGCUGGGGUUUUAACACCCACAUACUCCCAUCUGUUAACUGCUGCACUGCCAGAAAUUCAGCUGUGAGCUGUUCCAUCCUGAGCAAUAUUUCUUGUAUUAUUGUAAGCUAUCCUGGAGAUCAUCUGAGAAUAAGGUGGAAUCUUAAAUUGUAAUAAAUAAAAUUGUGCUUUUUAUGGCGUUCCUGAAAUGUCACAAUUCUAUUAAGAA